GUUUAUCCUGGGACUGCCAACAGAUGAAAAUAAAGAUAAGCUGGAGAAAGAGUCUAAAAUGUACGGGGAUAUUGUCAUUUUAAAUAUCACAGAAAACAUGAACGAUGGAAAGACGUUUGAAUAUUUUAGUUGGUUUGCUAAACAUAGGAAGGAUAAUUAUAUGCUCAAAAUGGAUGAUGACACUUUCCUCCACUUGAUUCAUUACUACCGUGACCUUCAAGACUUACCGAGAGAACGUGCGUACUAUGGCAAUGCUCUAGGAUAUAAAGAUGGAACAUACACGUAUAUGGGAGGUGCUGGAUACACACUCUCCCGCGACCUCGUUAUAGAUAUUGCUAGAUCAGAAUGGGCUAGUUCAAAUGUCUACGACGAUGAGGACUGGAGAGUGGGUGAGUGGACUAUCUUGGUCCAUCAUAUAAAAGAUGUUAAGCAGUUGAAUGCCAUGAUAGAUAUGUACUCCGAAUACGAAAAGGGAUUGCCAAUGGUUAGAGUCAUUCGGAAUUCAACAGCCGAAGGCCUGAUUACAAAAAAGGAGCUUCCUACGAGAUGUUGGACU